AUGCAGUGGGGGAAAGAAGUGAAAAUCCUUGCUGGAAUGAAUGGUACUAGCCAGGUGUGUAGUAUUCUUUACAAUGAUUCUUUGCUCGAAGGUGUUGAACUUGCCAACCAUAUAAACAAUUGCUUUAUUCAGGCGACUACAAACAUGCGGGAGUUAUCUGUACAACCUACUAUCACUGAACUAUCGGAUAAAUACGGAGUGACUGUGGACAAAGUUAAAUUAAGCUGA